CUUGUUAUCGAUUUUUUUUGGCACAUGUGCGCUGGACAAAACUUCGUAGUUGGAUAACAAUUUAGUUGGCCAAAACAAAAGUAACAAGUAUCAACAAGAUGUCAGUACGAGCGAUGGGAGUGCUGGGUCAGGCGUGCCGCUUCAGCCGCUUUGCCCGAGUUCUGAGGCAGAGCAACCGAUCCGCCCCAGCAGCUCUUAAUCUCGCCCUGGGAUCUCAGCGAUCGCCGGCCGCCGUCUCGCUCCGUCGCUUCUCCACGGAGACCAAGAAGGCGUCGGAUUCAGUGGUGGACAAACACGAGUUCCAGGCUGAGACACGGCAGUUACUAGACAUUGUGGCCCGCUCCCUGUACUCUGAUCAUGAAGUCUUUGUGCGGGAGCUCAUCUCUAAUGCCAGCGAUGCGCUGGAGAAAUUCCGGUACACCUCGCUGAGCGCCGGGGGCGAGAAUCUGGCUGGCAAGGACCGGCCGCUAGAGAUUCGCAUCACCACCGACAAACCACAGAUGCAGCUGAUCAUCCAAGACACCGGCAUCGGCAUGACCAAGGAAGAACUGGUGAGCAACCUGGGCACCAUCGCACGCAGUGGUUCGAAGCAGUUUUUGGAGCAGAUGAAAGGCAACCAGCAGGCAGCCACCUCUGAGGCUUCCUCCAACAUUAUCGGCCAGUUUGGCGUGGGCUUCUACUCGUCCUUCAUCGUGGCCAACAAGGUGGAGGUGUUCACAAGGGCAGCUGCGCCCGAUGCUCCCGGUUUGCGGUGGUCCACGGAUGGCAGCGGCUCAUAUGAGAUCGAAGAGGUCCCGGACGUUGAGCUAGGCACACGUAUCGUGCUCCAUCUGAAGACCGACUGCAGAGAGUACGCGGACGAGGAGAGGAUACAGGCCGUAAUAAAGAAGUACAGCAACUUCGUGGGCUCGCCCAUCUUGCUGAACGGAAAGCAGGCUAACGAGAUCAAGCCCUUGUGGCUGCUUGAGCCCCAGAGCAUCAGCAAGGAGCAGCACACCGACUUCUACCGCUUUAUUAGCAACAGCUUUGAUGUUCCACGCUUUACUUUGCACUAUAACGCCGACGUGCCUUUGAGCAUCCACGCACUGCUAUAUUUCCCAGAGGGAAAGCCGGGCUUAUUCGAAAUGUCCCGGGACGGAAACACCGGCGUUGCCCUGUACACGAGAAAGGUGCUGAUCCAGUCCAAGACCGAGCAUCUCCUGCCCAAGUGGCUGCGCUUCGUGAAGGGCGUCGUUGACUCGGAGGACAUUCCUCUUAACUUAAGCCGCGAGCUACUCCAAAACAGCAGCCUGAUCCGGAAACUGUCUAGUGUUAUAUCCACCCGCGUCAUCCGUUUCCUGCAGGAGCGAUCCAAAAAGCAGCCGGAGGAGUACGAGUCCUUCUACCGUGAUUACGGGCUCUUCCUGAAAGAGGGCAUCGUAACUUCCAACGAUCCGUCCGAGAAGGAAGAAAUUGCAAAGCUACUGCGGUUUGAGUCCUCCAAGUCGGAGACCGCCAGUGGCCGCAUGUCAUUGGACGAGUACUACAACACCGUUCCUGCUGAUCAAAAGAAUAUCUACUACUUGGCGGCGCCCAACCGCGUUCUUGCCGAAUCCUCACCCUACUACGAAAGCCUCAAAAAGCGAAACGAGCUGGUGCUCUUCUGUUAUGAGCCCUACGAUGAGCUGGUACUCAUGCAGCUGGGUAAGUACAAGAGCAAGAAGCUCGUCUCCGUGGAGAAGGAAAUGCGCGAAGAGUCCAAGGAGUCGUCGACAGCCACGGACUUUGGCGAGGGCAGCUUGCUGCGCUCAGAGCUGGAUAACUUGAUUCCCUGGCUCGAGGAGGAGCUAAAGGGCCAGGUGAUUAAGGUAAAAGCUACUUCCCGCCUGGAUAGCCACCCUUGUGUCAUCACAGUAGAGGAGAUGGCUGCCGCUCGUCAUUUCAUCCGCACCCAGAGUCACCAGGUCCCGGAAGAGAAUCGAUUUGCCUUGCUUCAGCCAGAGCUGGAGAUCAACCCGAAACACCCCAUCAUCAAGAAACUAAACAAGCUCCGCGAGACCGAAAAGGAUCUUGCCCAACUUAUCGCCAAGCAGCUCUUCGCAAACGCCAUGGUGGGCGCCGGUCUCGCGGAGGAUCCCCGCAUGCUGCUGACUAACAUGAACUCGCUGCUUUCACGGGCGCUGGAUAAAUACUAGGAUAGACAGCGCAGUGAAAAUCUACCGACUAUCUUAUAUUAACUUGUGUUUAGUUAGUUUAAUUAUAUCUUUAAAAAUAGUCAUAACAAUAAAUACAAGUCGUUGUUAUGGCACUAGGA